AUGCACCCACCCUAGCCUCCGUCUAGAUCUAGAUCUAGAUUCUAGAUUCUAGAUUUAGAUCUAGAGAGUCUAGAUCUAUAAACUAAUUAAAUUACUCUAUCAAAGUUUUGACUGACUUGACAUCCAGGCACAGUCUAGGCUACUUCUUCCAGAAUAUUUAGUGAUAAUGAGUGGAAUUCUCUCUUGGUUUCGAAAAGAAAACAAAGGUGUUGGUGAAACAGAAAAUCCAAAGAGUGAAUCUGACACUGAUAAUGUGUCACAUAAAGGAAAAACAGAGCAAGUGCAAGCACCAACAUCAACAGAUUCCCUGCAAGAUAGAGUGGGAGUAGAUCUUGUUGUUGAUUCACAUGUUGCAGAAUACUUCAAAGAUUUCCCAGAGCCUUACAGAGAGAAGGCAAUCCAACGAUUUAGCAAGCGAGAAGGACUUUUCAGAUGGGAAAUAUUCAGGAGAGCGGCAAUGGAAAGAGAAAUGGAAUCUGCCAGGCGUGGUGUUUUCUUGGAGGACCGUCGAGAAUGGUUGCAGCAGAGAGAGGAACUGGAACAGAAGCAUGUAGAAAAACUUACCAUGGAAGCAAGUCAGGUGCGAGACGAAAAAGAUAUACCAGCUUGGGAAAAAUUUGUUCUUCAGUAUGUCCCUUUACAAGAUGAUGAGACGAUGGGAUGGAAGCUUAUUACAGUUGUUAAUUUCUCACUUCUUGGUGCCGCACUCAUGUGGCAAGGGUUCAAAUUUCGAAGAAGCAAUCCCCAUUUGGAGAGAUGGCGAAUCUACAUGCAGCUGUCUGGCUCUGCUGGCCUAUGCUGUUUAUGUCAAGUUGGAGCAGUCUACCGUCUCAUGGACUGGGGCAUCUUUGACAGAUCUAUUGACAAAAGAGAUGCUGUGACUAGAGUCUUUGAUGAUGCGAAAGAUGAUGCAGAAAAUUUGUUGAACCUGUUCAGAGGGAAAGGCUCAUGAUGAUUGUAAUCUGUUUCAUGUUUUGUGUGCAGUAUUUUAUUGUUAAUAAAUGGUUUUAAAAAGUAACAA